CUCCUCCUCUCCUCCUCCUCUCAUUCCUCAACCACUCAUACGUAGUUUCUUUACGCCGCCUGAGCUAUUAAAAGCUCCACUACGUCGUGUGCGUAGCGGGCUGCUUGUAAUGGCGACCGAGCCGUAGAUGUGCCUCCUCUAGGUUUUAGUGAAAAUGAAGCGAAGAAGAAGUUAUUUCUGUUAAGUUAAAAAACGCCGAGGUUUCCCCUUGGAGGAGGACUUUGCGUCUAACAACAUUUAAGUGGUCAAACUUAGCUUGUACUUUACAACUUUUGUUGCCCUCUUCCUUUUUUUUUUGGGAAAUGAUGAAGCUAAAGUCGAACCAAACCCGGACGUACGACGGGGACGGCUACAAGAAGCGGGCCGCCUGCCUGUGCUUCAGGAGCGAGGCGGAGGAGGAGGUGCUGCUGGUGAGCAGUAGUCGACAUCCUGACAAGUGGAUAGUUCCUGGAGGGGGGAUGGAGCCCGAGGAGGAGCCCAGUGUUGCUGCAGCCCGAGAAGUGUGUGAAGAGGCCGGUGUGAAGGGGACUUUAGGUCGUUUGGUCGGAGUAUUUGAGAACCAAGAGAGGAAACACAGAACCUACGUCUAUGUUCUUGUUGUAACAGAGUUGCUGGAGGACUGGGAGGACUCGGUCAACAUUGGGAGAAAAAGGGAAUGGUUUAAAAUAGACGAUGCCAUGCAAGUGUUGCUGUGUCACAAGCCUGUGCAGGCCACCUACUUCGAGGCUCUCCAGGAGAGUUGCCUGACCAGUAAUGGAACACCUUUGGUGGCCACGAUAGGUGGGGACCUCUCCCCUACCUACAGCAUCAAUCAGAGCUCCGUCUCGGGUAUCAGAUAACUAAAACCACAACUCUGACACCUUCGGGAGCUUUCGCCACCACUUGCGCUCUUACUUGUGUCAUUUCUCUUCUCUUCUCUGUUCUUUUCUCUCUUCUCUUCUGUCUCAAUAACAUGGUUUGCCUUGCCAACUCCUUUGUGCCAGAGCAGUGGCACAGACUUGAUGACAAGUGUUGGGUGAAUAGUCUGAAACACUUUGUAAAUGUAAAUGUAAUUUUUGACCCAUAUUUUUUUUCAUUUUUUUUUUCUUUUUACUGACAACUGCAUGAAAUGUCCCCUCGCUCCCCUCAUUCUCUUUCCUUAACGCGCCCUUAGCGUGGUGUUUAUUGAAUGCAAGAACUACUUUUUACUGUUGUAAUGUAAACGUGUAUACUUAGUGCUUAAGCUGAAGGCUUUUGGUGGUCUCCUCCAUUUUUCAGUUAUUUUUCUGUGAAUGAAUGUGCCCAUUAGUGUACUCCCUCCUCCCCCAUGUUAAUAAGGAUAGGAAAUGUUGUCUGUAUCUGAAUGAACAGAAUUGUGGGAAGUGACUUGUCUUGCAUGAGCACUGUUAUGUUGUGUCUCACUCGCUCGAGUGACCCAACUGUGCAACAGACUUGUGGUAAGGUCUUUUGGAUUCUCUUCAUUUUGCUCCUUAUCGUGGUUAUUGAUGUCUCUUUAAUCAGAAGGAUACGGCCCCUCACUAGUUUUUCAAGUGUCAAGUGUGUUUCUCUCUUAUUUGGGGAAGCUAGCCAAGCACUACAGGUUGCACUCUCAAACAGAGCAUAUACACUGUAAAGAGAGCGAAAGAAUGUCAACAUACAAUGUCAAAUGAACCACCUUUCUCCUCAGUGUCCUUACCUACUUUUAAUCCCUUUUUGUUUUCUUUUUUUAAAACUGCUUUUCUGUGACUGACUACAAAGUCUUCCUCCACAUACUGAGAGGGUAGAAGUAGUAGAUUUAAAAAAAUCAUGGACUUGUAAUUUCAAAAUGCAGCACAUAUCACUUAACUUAUUAAAACCCAUCUCCAUGUUUUACUCCUCACAUUCAGUUUGGUUAAAAACAAUUGUUUACACUGUGUUCGUAACAGCACAGGUGACUUUAGUGGGCACUCAUUAUGGUCAUGAUUUAUUUUUUUUAUCCUUCCUUUAGUAUUUAAUGUGCAUCCCCAAAAACACUCAAAACACCUGCUUGACAUAGAAAGUAAUGGAAUCUAUAAUGCUGGUGCAGAACAAACAAGCCUUGUACAGUUUGAGACCUCGUUUUUAACAUGUAAAAUGCUUUUGGAUACUAGUUUUUGUUUUUAUGUUUUUCUCUCUAACGUCUGGCAAAAGUCUCUUUAGCCGAGCUGCGUCACUUGGCCUUGAUGUGGCGUGAGGCAGCUGGCUCAAUACUGUGAAACUGGAGGCGCUGUAGAUAGCAUGUUAGAGGUUUUUAUUGUAAAUUGUUUAUUUCUGUAUAGAUCAAAGGUGAGAGUACAAAUGACAAAACACCUCUUAUACAUCUGUGAGUCCGACAUGUCAUUUCAACCUAGGCUGGAAGAACUGAUUGAACUCAAUAGCGUUGGCUUUGGAGCUGUUGGAAACGUUUUCUUGAGGUGGCGUACAGUACAUCUGAGGCUGAAGAACAAGGAAUGUGGUGAUGGUUGUUAGUGAAGAGCCUAUUUAUAAUUGAAUAUUCUCUAAAUCCUUUAAAAAAAAAAAAAAAUGACACCAAAACAAAUUUGUAACGGUAAUGGAUUACUGUUCUUUGGCCAGGCUAUAGUCCGAGUUCCCGACUUAGUUAGUAGCUAAAGCAGACCUGAAGUUUCUUUUCAAGUCAGCAGCUGUUCCACUAUCCCCAGUUAGUGUAUUUUCUCAUAGGGGGGUUCUUUUAUUGGUCUUUCUCCAUAACUUUGAACAUGAUACUGGUUUUCUGUCCAUAUUUAAGCUUAUAAUAACAGGUUCUUUUUUUGGCCACCUGAGAGCAGCGGAAACAAAACUGUAAACACAACAUUCAUCAGUUUUGUUUUACAUUUAUAUGGCAAACUUGUUGGCAAAGAGCUGCCUAUUUACACAUCUGGCAUAUGUGACAUUUAGCAUUAAUUUGUUGUGUUUGUGUCCAUCUGAUAAUUCACUUUAUCUUUCUUUAUUUUAGCUCAGUUUUGGUUUCCACCAAUACCUGAGGUAAAUCCGGCUCCAUAAGUACUAAAUGCUCCACUAUGUUCACCAGCUAGACGCUAAAUUAGUCUGCUGUCUCGUGUUAGGCAAGUAGCAUACAAUUGUUUUUUUAUAGCUUCUUUGUGCUAUGAGAGUGAACUAAAACAUCAGAGUUGUCUGCCAUAAAAUCAAAACAAUGAGCUGGAAGAAGCUAAAUAGCUCAGUCAAGCUGAGGGGAACUGCCAUCUGUUGAUAAUCCUCUGCGGCUUCAUCACUUCUAGCACCCUCUUUCACACAAGAGUAGUCACAUGAACCACUGUUAAUAUAGAAACAUUGAUUAAAGCUAAAGUAUAAUUUAUGGAUGUAAACUUGAGACCUUUUAAUACCAAUAAGUCAAUGAUUACCUUGCCAGCACUCAAAAACUACAGCUCUGAAUGGGUUUUGAUUGUGCGCCUAUUGCUAAGACUCGUGGGAGUCGUAGUUUCUAAAUGCCAACAAAUAAAGUAGAUAUGUUUACGCUUGGUUAAAAUGAUUUGGUGCUCAAAGUUUGGUGCUUACAAUAGCAGAUGCACAUUUUCCUUUGAAUAUGGACAGAAAAGUCCAGUAUCAUGAUUCAGUUGUGCAGAAACUGCUGGGAAAAAAAAUCCUUUGUGGGAAACUAACAUUGACAAGUGAAAGCUAGUGGAUCAUAAGCUAACCUAGAAAAGGGGCAGAAAGUCUCUUGACAGUGACAGCAGCGGUGGGCGGUUGUCUUUUAUUCAUGGUCGUCUUUUCUCCCAGUAAUUGUGGGUGCACAACUCUGCCAGCAAAUUCAGACAGAUUCCUUUAUUAUUAUCCCUGAAUGAAAAACUUUUUUUUUUUCUGAAUAACCGUACAUGUGGAAGGAGUCUAAAGUCUCCUUCCUCUAUUGCUGUGCAUCCGAAAGGUGUGGUGGCCAAAGUCUGGCUUUAUGAUGCCCUACCUGGCACUUCAUAGGAGAGUUUGUGUUGAUUAGACCUUUUUUAAAGUCUUCAUUGAAAUGUGCAAUCGGAUGUUAAGGGGAUGAAUCUGUAUAUGGCUUAAAAGAUAAUCUAAACCCUUUCUCUUGAGUAAUUGGCAAUGAUGUAAUUCGCUCUCGGUGGUUGGAUGCGGGUGACAGGUACUGUCAAAAUGAAUGUGAGGAGGAUAUCCACAAGUAACAGCCAGUGACUUAAUUAUUGAUGACCACUUGUUCUUGAUCCAUAUUAUUUUUUUUUUCAAUUUGUUCUUUAAUCUGUUGUGUUAUUGACAAGCAAAUGUCUUGUAUAUAGCUAACACAGCACCCUGAUAGCCAGAGGACACACUUUGGCUUUGGUAAAUAAAGAUUAGUGUCCGUUUUUUUAACAACUCCCUUCUAACUCAAUUCAAGCACUUCCUGUCAUAAGUAAAUAGUUUUGGGCUGGAGUUUAGGGGGGGGAUUUAUGAAGUACAUGUGUCCAUAUGUUGGAGUUGACACAUCUACUCUGUCUCCUUGGAGAUUUCUAUCACAAUUGGCUCCUUUGUAGGACAUUGAAGCUUCUGAAAUUGGGGGUAAAAACAAGGAUAAAUUGAGAAUAUUGUUGCGCUCUUGAGUUUCAGAUAAAGUCACUUCCUUUUUAAUUUACCAAAGGUGAUGGUUUAAAUAUGUAUUGCCCCAUCUUGUGGCCAAAGCAAAAAAAAAAAAAUUAAAAGCACAUCACUUUGCAGCUAAGGAUUCAAACGAUCAGUUUCCUUUAGCAUGAUGGUCAGAUGGCCAUUUCCUUAACUGAAUGACUUAGUAAUUAGAAAUUGACUGAUGAAUGCGGUUAAAAGAUUGCCCCAAAUACUUGUAAUUGAAUAACAAACUAAAACACAUGUGCACCUGACCUCAGCCUUGAAGUUACAUACUCAUAAUUGUGUUCUCCAAGGUAUAUGUGUCACUGGAAUUUUUUCUUUUCCUCUCUUUUGUCAUUUGGGACUGUGGAAUAAAACCAGUGAGAGAAGACUGAAGAUUGUAAUAUAAAUGUGCCAACAAAUAAACACCAGUAUUUCACAUUCA